AUGCAAGACGGCUCGUGCGUCUUGGCAGUUUUUGUGCUGCUCUGCAGUGGUGGCCUGGCCCAGUUGCAGGUUCAGGCUCAGAGUGGCUAUAAUUAUGGGCGACCCGAGGUGGCUAAUGUAGGCGGAGUGACUGCCGGAGGGCGCCUGACCCCUGGUCCAUAUCCGACAGCAGCUGCUCUUCCUCUGACCCCGGCUCCCGCUACUACUGCCUACGGAGCGGGCUUGUUUCCCUCACCCGCCGUGGGAUUCACACCCAGUGGACAGGCCACAACCGCUUUCGGAGCACCUGCCGCCGUUGGAGCCAGUAGUCCGGCUAGGAGGCUACCGACUCCCGCAGGCAUUCCCGCCACGUCAUCUCGCUCCGGACCUUAUGGACCCCAGACGCCGCAGUAUGGAAAUGCACCUGGAUCGGGUGUGAUUUCCUCCCGAACUCAAAGUGGAAGUGGCGACGGCAGGGAUUACAGCGAAGAUGCCGACGGCGAUUACUCCGCCAUUCCGGGUGUGCCAGGGGUGGACUACCCCAUCUAUGCCCAAGUGCCACGGACCAAUUUCGACUGCUCCCAGCAGGCCCUCCCCGGAUACUACGCCGACAUCGAGGCCCAGUGCCAGGUUUUCCACAUCUGCGCCCUGAAUCGAACAUAUUCCUUCUUGUGCCCCAACGGGACGGUUUUCAGUCAGGAGACUCUGGUCUGUGUUUGGUGGAAUCAGUACGACUGUGUUUCUGCUCCCAGCCUGUAUGCAAACAAUGCCUACAUCUACGACUACUCUGGAGGAAGUGGCUCUAAUGUGAACGGAAAUGUGAAUGCCAACGCCUAUCGUCCGGCUGCAGCUACAACGACCGCCUUUGGGGCACCAGUAGCCACCACCGGAACUCUUCGGGCAACUGGAAUACCUCCUGGCUACAGCUCUGGACGCACCGGUUCCUAUCCAUCAGCCACACCAACUCCUGCUGCCCAAGCCCAGAGUCCAUAUGGUGCUGGCGCUGUACUGCGUCCCGCAAUCGUUCCAGGAGCUGUGGUUCCGUCGUCCACCAAUCGCCUGGUUCCCACUGCAGCGGCAGCCGGACUUCUUGCCACAGCCGCCGGAGCUAUUCCCGAUAACCAGGUGGCCGGAGGUUUCGGACAACAACAGCAGUCUCAGAUCGUGGCAAGUGGCAACCGAGAGUACCUGCCACCGGCCUCGGCUGGACAGCAACGGCAGCGUGGCUCCACCAACGCAUAG